AUGGCUACCACACUUCCCUCGUAUACAAAAACAUGGCAUAACGACGUUUACCCUUCCAUCCACUCCUCUCGGCCCGAACUGGCACAAAAAGGCAAGAGAGUGGUCAUCACCGGAGGAGCUGGGGGCAUCGGGGCAGCGACAGCAGAAGCUUUUGCAAUCGCAGGGGCAUCCGAAGUCAUAAUCCUAGGACGGACUCAAGCGACCCUGGAAAAGACAAAAGUCACCAUCGAGAAGAAGCAUCCUGAUGCAAAAAUCACCGCCCUAGUGACCGACGUGUCGAUUCCAUCGAGUAUAGCAGAAGCCUUCGAAACCAUCGCCAAAGGAGGUCCCAUCGAUGUCUUCAUUAACAACGCCGCCGCAUUGGCGGACAUUGGGCCCAUCAGUGCCGCAGACCCCCUAGACUUCUGGAGCUCGUUCGAAGUCAAUGUUCGUGGGCCGUUGUACGCCGUGCAAGCCGUGUUGAAGAAUAUAUCCAAGAAUGGAGUGAUCAUCAACAACAGCUCAGCGAUCGCCCAUGUACCCCCUGUGGCUGGUCAUGCGGGCUAUGCAGUUGGAAAACUCGCAACAGUCAAGCUGUUCGAAUAUCUCCAACAGGAACAUCCCGACCUCGCUUUCUUCAACCUCCAGCCCGGAAUCAUUGAGUCCACUGGUGUGGCGACCAAAGCAGCAACGCAGAGUGGCAAUUCAUGGCCGCAGCAAGAUACUGUUGAGCUACCUGGACAUUUCAUGGUCUGGCUAUCAUCCCCCGAAGCGAGUUUUCUAAAGGGCCGAUUUGUGUGGGCAAAUUGGGAUGUCGAGGAACUGAGGCAAAAGAGCAAGACCUUCCAGGAGAACCCGGCGUUGCUCACAACUGGGCUACUGGGCUGGCCUCAGUGA